AUGACGGAUUUUACAAGUAACAAAAGGUAUAAUCUCUUCCUUUUCUUUCUCUCAUUCUUUCUUUUUUUUUCUCACUCUCUUGUCUCUCUUCCUCUCUGUUUCUCUCUCUUUCAUUCUCUUCUCCUCUCUAAUUCUUCCUUCCUAUCUUACUCUUUUCUCUCUCACUUCUUAUUAUCUCUCUCUUUGACGCUCUCCUUCAGUCUUUCCCUCUCUUUCUUUCACUCCUUCUCUUCCUUUUCUCUAUUUCUUUCUCUCUCUUUCUCUCUUUGUCUUCUCUCUCUUUCUCUCCUUGUCUUUUCUUUUUCUCUCUCCUUCUAUCUUACUCUCUCCUUCUAUAUCAUUCCUCCCUUCUUCUCUUCCCUUCUCUCUUCUUUCACUCUUUCUCUUUUUCAUUUUCACUCACUCACUCCUUAUCUUUCUUUUUCUCUCACCUACUCUCUUUCUCUCUCUCCUUCUCUUGCCUUCUAUCUUUCCUUCUCUCUACUCUCUCCUUCUCUCUCCUUAUCUUUGCUUCUUUCUUUCUCACUUUCUCUCUCACUCUGUUCUUUUUUCUCAUUUUCUCCCGUUUUCUCUCUAUUACUCUCUCUCCCACUUUCUCCCCUUCCAUCUUUCUCUCUCUCUUACUCUCUUUCCUUCUCUCUCACUCUCUUAUAA